AACGCAGGUCCAUUUGAGAUCACUCUGGACGUCAUGUUCGAAGACAAAGCUACAUAUGAGAGAAUCAAACAGUUGGGGAUCCUCACUCCGCAGCGGAUCGCAGGACUCUACGACAUUGCUUUCGAGGACAUUGUCUGGUGCAGUUUCUUUGAUCCAGCACUCGCAUUCAAAGCCACCAUCCCGCGCCGACGGAAUGGGACCAAUUUCUCAUCCGGAGGACCAUGGAGAAUGACGUGCAUGGAUCACAAAAAUACUUUCAUUUGAUCAGCUUGCAGAUUGACAAAUGAUGAGCUGGGUGUGCAUGCAUAGAAUAGCUGUAUUUAUUAUACGAG